AUGAAGGUUCACUCGUCCUGGCGCUACACAUCGCCGCUUGUCCAAGUUAUCUUGGUCUCUUUUGUCUGUUUUGCAACGGUGGGCAUGUUCUCGGCUGUUUCGAACCUAGGUGCCGGUGGUACCCAGUCCAUUACUCUGUCCAACAUCACCAACGCCAUCUUGUACGCCCUCUUCGCUCUCACCGGUAUCGUAGCCGGGUCUUUCAACAACAUCUUCGGACCUCGUAUCACGCUCUUCUGUGGCUCGCUCGGCUACGCUCUCUACCUCGCGGCUCUGUGGGUCUACCAGGAAAAGGCGCAGGACUGGUUCCUGAUCUUCUCAGGCGCUGUUCUAGGCAUGUGUGCUGCCCUCCUCUGGACCGCCCAGGGCUGCAUCAUGCUCUCCUAUCCUCUCGAAUCUGAGAAAGGUCGGUCCUUCAGUAUCUUCUGGGCCAUUUUCAACAGUGGCUCACUCAUGGGCGGCCUCAUUGCUCUGGGCAUCAACCUCAAGCAGGGCGGACUCGACGCGGUCAAGGUUUCCACUUACAUUGCAUUCUUCGCCGUCAUCAUGGUCGGCGUUGCGCUCACAUGGACUCUGCUUCCUCCCAACCGAGUCGUCCGUACCGACGGAACGCUUGUUAAGCUAGAACAGAGCAACACUGCUAGACAAGAGAUCGGCGCUCUUCUCAGCACUCUCAAAAAGCGCCAAAUUUUGCUUCUGCUUCCCAUGUUUUUUGCUAGCAACUUCUUCUAUCCCUACCAGGGCAGCGUGUCCUUUCACGUCUUUGACUCGGCGACACGAAGUGUCAAUGGGGUCGUCAAAUCCGUUGGCCAAAUUGUCGGUGCCCUGAUUCUCGGCUUCUUGCUUGACAAGCUGCCCAUGAAUCGAAGGAACCGUGGUCUUGCCGGCCUCGCUCUUACCACCGCUUUUACUAUCAUCGCCUACAGCUGGGGUAUCAAAUACCAGAUUCCCAUCACACGGGCUACCCAAUGGCCUCGUAAGAUCAACUAUAACGACACCGCCUUUGCCGAGCCUAUCUCCAUUUUUGUCCUGUACGACAUUGGUGAUGCUUUCUACCAGGGGCUUGCCUACUGGAUCAUGGGCGCCAUCACCAACGACUCCUUCGAGUUGGCGCGAUUCGCGGGCAUGUACAAAGCUGUGCAGUCCGCGGGUGCUGCUGCUGCCUUUGCCAUGGACGCCACCGAGGUGCCUUUCAUCAACGAGAUUGGUGCCGUAUUCGGGCUCAUGCUCUUCUCAUUCCCGCUUGCUGGCAUGGUUAUCUGGGGUGUCCGCGACUCAAACUACGAGGUCGAGAAGCAGGUCUAUGUCGACGAGGUUGUCGCGGAGACCAACAACACCAUCGCUGUCCUCGAAGGUGGUCACCAAGAGACUGCUUUCGAUCGUCAGUCCUCGGGCAGCAGCGAAAAGAAGAUCUGA